UUGCUGACGCCCCCAAUGUCGUCGAGCAGCCGGGGGCCGGGGGCCGGAGCGCGCCGACGCCGUACCCGCUGCCGCCGCUGCCGGGCCUGUGUGCGAACUGAGUGCGGGGACUGCCACUUCUGCCGAGACAUGAAGAAGUUUGGGGGGCCCGGGCGCAUGAAGCAGUCGUGCCUGCUUCGGCAGUGCACUGCGCCCGUGCUCCCACACACAGCUGUAUGCCUCUUGUGUGGAGAGGCUGGGAAGGAGGACACAGUGGAGGGAGAGGAAGAGAAGUUUGGUUUGAGCCUCAUGGAGUGUACAAUCUGCAAUGAGAUCGUCCACCCUGGCUGCCUGAAGAUGGGGAAGGCUGAGGGUGUCAUCAAUGCAGAGAUUCCCAACUGUUGGGAGUGCCCCCGCUGCACCCAGGAAGGGCGCACCAGCAAGGAUGCAGGAGAAGGGCCAGGCCGCCGAAGGGCUGACAAUGGUGAGGAAGGUGCUAGCUUAGGGAGUGGAUGGAAACUGACAGAGGAGCCACCACCUCCACUACCCCCACCCAGACGAAAGGGGCCCCUCCCUGCUGGCCCUCCCCCUGAGGAUGUGCCUGGGCCCCCCAAACGGAAGGAGAGGGAGGCAGGGAAUGAGCCCCCCACCCCAAGGAAAAAGGUGAAAGGAGGCAGAGAGAGGCACUUGAAGAAGGUGGGUGGAGAUUCCUGCCUCCUCCGAGGAGUGGACCCAGGCAGCCCCGGCCUUCUGCCCCCCAGGGUUCUGAAUCCGAGCCAGGCAUUCUCAUCCUGCCACCCCGGGCUCCCUCCCGACAACUGGGAGAAACCAAAGCCACCUUUGGCCUCCGCUGAGGGCCCAGCAGUGCCCUCUCCAUCACCACAGAGGGAAAAACUGGAGCGUUUCAAGCGGAUGUGCCAGCUGUUGGAGCGGGUGCCUGAUACCUCUUCUUCCUCCUCGGACUCAGAUUCUGACUCCGACUCAUCAGGCACAUCGCUGAGUGAGGAAGAGGCCCCUGGGGAGGCCCGGAAUGGGCGCCGACCAGCCCGAGGCAGCUCUGGAGAGAAGGAGAACCGUGGGGGGCGGCGGGCUGUACGCCCUGGCAGUGGGGGGCCUUUGCUCAGCUGGCCCCUAGGCCCUGCCCCUCCACCACGGCCUCCACAGUUGGAGCGGCAUGUGGUACGACCCCCGCCUCGAAGCCCUGAACCUGACACGCUGCCUUUGGCUGCUGGAUCCGACCACCCCCUUCCCCGAGCCGCCUGGCUUCGUGUCUUCCAGCACCUUGGGCCUCGAGAGCUAUGUGUCUGCAUGCGAGUCUGCCGGACUUGGAGCCGCUGGUGCUACGACAAGCGUCUGUGGCCUCGUAUGGACCUGAGCCGAAGGAAGUCACUGACUCCACCCAUGCUCAGUGGUGUGGUGCGUCGCCAGCCCCGGGCCCUGGACCUUAGCUGGACAGGUGUCUCCAAAAAGCAGCUCAUGUGGCUUCUGAACCGACUGCAAGGCUUGCAGGAGUUGGUGCUCUCUGGCUGCUCCUGGCUCUCCGUCUCUGCCCUGGGCUCAGCCCCACUGCCUGCACUGCGGCUCUUAGACCUCCGCUGGAUCGAGGAUGUUAAAGAUUCCCAACUUCGGGAGCUGCUGCUGCCUCCACCAGACACUAAACCAGGGCAAACAGAGAGCCGUGGUCGGCUGCAGGGGGUGGCAGAGCUGCGCCUGGCAGGCCUGGAGCUGACCGAUGCCUCCUUGAGGCUCCUGCUGCGCCAUGCUCCCCAGUUGAGUGCCCUGGACCUGAGCCAUUGCGCCCAUGUUGGAGACCCCAGUGUCCACCUCCUCACAGCUCCCACUUCCCCUCUCCGAGAAACCCUGGUGCACCUCAAUCUUGCUGGUUGCCACCGCCUCACAGACCACUGCCUCCCACUGUUCCGCCGCUGCCCACGUCUACGCCGCCUUGACCUACGCUCCUGCCGUCAGCUCUCACCUGAAGCUUGUGCCCGGCUGGCAGCUGCCGGGCCCCCUGGCCCCUUUCGCUGCCCAGAGGAGAAGCUGCUUCUCAAGGACAGCUAGUUGGGUGCACCCCCUUUCCCCAGGACUUGCCUGGAUUUCUGGCCUUCAUUUCACUCCCUGCUGGGAGGCCAGGUUACCCUCCUUAUGACUGGGACACCUAGGUUUUAUAUCUUGGGAUUCCUGCCCAGGGACUCCAGCCAGCCUCCCUCUUCUCUUCCCCUGCACUGGUAUCUCUAGGGGUCUUUUCUCUCCAUCUCCUCCUCCUCCCGCCUGCUUCAUUGUCCAUCCCCUGGGGGAGUGGGUCAGAGGUACAAAGGGGUGCUGAGCCAGAGGGAUGGUGGGAGGGGGGUUAAGGUGCAAGUCUUGAGUGGGGAAGAUUGGGGGUGGAGAAGGGUAUCUGCACCACAGGAUACUGGAAACCCUCGGCUGAGGGAGGUGGAAGGAUGGGUGGGGGGAGGGCAGAAAGCAGAACAACAAGGGGUCAGGGAAACAAAACAAGAUACUUGGAGUGGGGGGUGGGGGUGGGAGCCAAAAAGGGAGCAGUUGGGGAUCCAGGUGUCAGGUAGGGGUGAGUGGAGCCCAGGGCCCAGGAGGAGGCAGCAGUUGGCUGGCGUGGGGGCAGUAGUAUCCCUCGGUGGGUUUACCCCUCUCUCUCCCUCUGCCCAGAUUUAGUCUCUUUCCCCUCCCACCCUGACUCUUUGAACGUCACUGAAAAUGGCAGCUAUUGCUAGGAGUGGGGGGGGGCCACGGGCCUACCUGCUGUUCAGCUCGUGGCCCAGGGGAGUGGUGAGGGGUAACCCAGCCCCUGCCUGCCUCUCCGCACAAUACUUGAACAUUCAUCUGUACUGAAGUGUUACUUGAACCGGGGGAACCUCGGACCUGGGGAGCCAGAGGGUGAUGUGACGGGACCAGUCUGGAUUGAGAGUGGACUGGGGGGGGCACCUAGUUUGGGUUGCCCCACCCUCCAGUUCUCUGCUUCACUGUCCUGAGCAAUUUUGCCCCUCCUGAUCGGAGUUGGAGGGGGGCCAGCCUAAUGAUGGGGAAGAGGAGGAUGGGGUUCCUCCGGACUGGUUCUUCGCAAGUCUUUCGGCAUGGAAACUUGUAUCCCUAUUUGCCCAGGGAACUGCCACUCCAGGUUGCCGUGGAAAUAGCAGCCAAUGGACACCUCCCAAUGUCAGUGCUAGGCUGAUAUGGCCCCUCUUAGCUGUCAUGGGAAUUUAGUAACAUACUCUCUGCGUCCUUACACAUGCCCUGCCAUCCUUUCCUCCAGCUUGGGGCUGGGGGUCUCAGGAGCCAAGGGGAGGAGUAGGGGCCAAGUGUCACCCAACCUAGGUCUCCAGGGAAGCGGAUUGUACCUAGUAGGGGAGGGAGGGAUCUAUCCACAUACCUCAGGUAACAGGAAGGUGCGCGGGUUGGGGAUGGGGAAGGGACUGGGUGGACCAAAGGCCGAAGGGAGGGGGUUGCCUAGGGAUGGCGAAAGGCUUGUGGAAGCUGGGAGGAGGCAGCCCGGCAGAGGGGCAAGUGGAUCCAGCCGGGCUGGGCCCCUGGACCCCAAGUCUGUACAAUAUGGUUUGCUAUAAAACUCAAAACCUUCCAGCCGGG